AUGAUGGGAAAUGAUACGGUUGCGGCGGCAGCACAGUGGGUUCAGAAUGCAGUCCAGUGCCUUUGCAUUAAUAGCGGUGAUAGCAACCGAAAUGGUAUCUCCUACGCUGUUCUUCGUGAAUUUAUGCGAAAUGCGCCACCACCUCCCCCUUCUUUACAAGCAAUGUGGGAACAACGAGUGUGGAAACUUAAGGAUGAGCCUAUUGAGGUGUACUGCUUGCGUUGCUUGGCCAACUCAUGUAUGGAUGGGAGUCUACUUAACAUGAAUAGAGAUAAUAAUAUAAAUUUAUCUUUUUUAAUUGAUCCCCACUUGGAUGGUCCAUUCUCCCCUAAAGGAGAAAGUGACAGUAAAAAGAAUGGAUUGGAAUGGCAUGUUGUUCGUGUUGUUGCACUACGCCUUUCCCCCAGUUCUACAGAUGUUAUUCAACAAGGGUGGUCUGCAACUGCAGGGAAAUUCUCCAGUAAUACACCUGGUGGAUCUCUUCGACCUGUUUAUUGCAGCCGCACACAUGUUGUUAUUCAACUAGCCUCUGGACGACGUUUCUCUGCAUGGGCGUACGGUGAUGUUGGCUCGCAGCUGCGUAUUGGAGCGGUUUUAAAUACAGUGGCAUACCCAACCCACACAGAUGAUCAACAGACAGCAUAUGUUCUUCAUAAUGUAGAGGAAUUUACGGCUUCUAAUAUGGGAAUCAGAAUGACUGAUGAAGGUAAUUUUAGGUCCUCCAAUAUGAUAAACGGAAUUUUUUCUCCUAUUUCUUCUCUACCUAUUCGCUUAUCAUUUAAUCAGCUUGUUGAAUCCUAUGCACCAGAAAUAUCAGGACAGACACUAUGUAAAUCUCUUCUUUUGCUUGUUGUUGUGCAAACCAUGUACCGAGCUCUACGUUGUCGUUAUCGCCAGCCUCUUCACCUUUUGCUUUUGGGUGCAUCAAGGUCUGGAAAGUCCGCAUUGCUGCGUGUUUUCCUACGUCUCCUUGGUGAGCACGCCACACUCAUCAGUGCACAUGUUGUGCAUGGACAGCAACGUUCACUGGCGCUUUCGCAGGCUAUUACGGCAACAUAUCCACAUGUUCGUCAACAGCUGCUCUUGGGAGGUGUGGUGUGUGGGUUUGAUGCACUUGUUAUUGAUGAACUCUCCAGCAGCAGCAGCGCUAAUCACAUAGAGGGACUUAUCACGGGAGUGACGCCCAUCAACAGCGGUACUGCAGCCCCAUCAUUUCGUGGUCAUGUCGCACACACACAGGUUCAGGUGACUGCUGCUGUAAAUGAUGAUUAUGCAGCGGCAGCAGCAGUGGUACCGCAGUUUUCAUUGGUAGCCCGUACAACGGCAGAACUCUCUCUACGUAAUACUGUAUCGAUAGGUGAGAGUGUUAUUGCGGCAUCGGUUGCCCGUUCACAAUCUUUCUCCGUUACACCAUCACGAUCUGUAUCUCUAUGUGAUUCUAGUCCGAGUUGGUUUACAGAUAAGAGUGUACCCCAAACUGGGUUACUUGAUUCUGCGUUUCUGCGCUCUAUCAUGGAAAUGGCUCCAUCACCCUCAAUUCUUGAGGCUGCUAUUCCUUCUGAUGCCUUUACACGCUUUUACCUGAAUUGCCUUAGUGAACACUGGCAGAAUGGUAGCAGCAGUACUACAACACUGGCAUCAAGACUAUCCGUUUUAUGGGAACUUAAUUUAGCACGACUAAUACUUGAAAAUUUCUCUACUUGCGGUGUCAAUAGUAGUACUGUAGAAGCAGUUGUAAAAUGGAAUGAAACCAUCGCUGCAGAGGUUUGGCAGUACUAUAAACAUCACCUUUGGGCAGUGGACACCGCUGCCUCUUCAGCCACAGGGACUACAACAACAAGAGGAGCAGCAUCAGCAGGAGGAGGAGGAAGAGGAGGUGAUAAAAAUGGAAUACAGACUUCUUUCUGUGAAGGUGCCGCAUUUCCUGCGGCCAGGAAUGGAAAAAUGAAAAAGAUGAGCAAAAAAUCAAUUUGUGUGGCACUACUGCGGAUGAUGUCUAGAGAGCAGCGGAGUCGUGCUGAGGAAUAUGGAAUGACUGCUGCUAUCGUACCUGAGGAGUGCGCAAGAGCGUUUUUUGAACAGAUGGGUGGUGAGGAAGUAACUGGGCAAUCAUUCUCUUCUGUUAUCCAACACUUACUGGACGCUGCACUGAUUAUACGAAGAUUAAAUGCCUACGCUGUUGUUGCUGAGGCCUAA